AUGGAAGUUCAAGAAACUAAAAGGAAUGUUGUAGGGGAGCUAGAGCGUAAGUUCAAGAAUGGGAAGGCGAACGUAGAAGAGUUGGAGAAACUUGGAUGCAGCGUGGUCUAUGGAGUCAACGUUCACUCAAUGGCCACAAAGCCUACCCUUGGUGGCUCCGCUGUAUAUGACAGAGUCAUCUUCAAUUUUCCUCACGCAGGGUUCGACUAUGGUCACGAGCACGAAAUUAAAACCAUCAUGAGGCAUCAAGAGCUUGUAAGAGGGUUUAUGAAGAGUGCAAGAGUGUUGGUGAAAGAUGAAGACAAGGGAGGAGAGAUUCAUGUGAUUCAUAAGACAGAGUAUCCAUUUAGCGAGUGGAAGCUAAAGACUCUCGGCGAGAAAGAAGGUUUAGAUUUGAUCCGUGAGAUGGAGUUUUGUUUGAGUCAUUAUCCUGGUUACUCCAACAAGAGAGGAAGUGGAGGUUACAGUGACUCUAGCUUCCCUGUUGGGAACUCUUCUACUUUCAUUUCCACUAAACAGUUCUUUUAUUAA